UUACACAGCCACGGUUUCGAUAAGGUGGAGAAUUCCUGCAGGUUAGCACAUCUUACUUCUCUGCUCCUCUGACCACCAGCUAGCAACAUAUCUUCACAAACGCUUUAAUUAAGGAAGCUGACGCGAGAUGGGAUUUUUGAUGUCGUUUUGUGGCUCAUAUACGACCAACUUUGGCACAGAAGGCGAACCGAAUGUCUAUUUUCUGGGGGAAAAUAAGAGUUAAGUUUAAGUUUCCCCAACUGUCAGCUGCUCCAGCACUUCUUCCUCUUGUAACAUUACUUGGACACUGUAUCAACUACAUCUACUACUGAGCACUGUCCUCUGUGGGUGCUGCGGACAUUUCCAGCGGGAAGCCGUGAGGUGUGAUAAAAGGUUAAUGUCACCUACACUCGUUCGCUCUUUCACCACAGAGCUGAAGCUGAAGUUAGCCUCUUAUUCGAUUCGUCCGUUCCACCUUAAAUGGCUCGACGGUCACAUUCUGGCGCUCGUGCUGAACGUGUGGACCUGCCGCACCGUUUAAGGUGGAAUUCGAAAUUCGAAUAAAAGCUGGCGGGUAUGAAUCCAACUUUGGUCUCGUUUUUUCUUUAAACACACUGGUUCUCCUCCGGCUUUGGGCAGGGUUUUAUUGUUCCACAGCCGUGUCCUCCCCGCUCCCCACCAACUCCUCCUCUGCCUGUACCGGUUAGUCAGGAGGCGUCUGCUAGUGAUCGUGCCUGGUUUAUGGAGCAGGGUUUGGCGCUUAAGGCCUUGAGGAGACCAGGGAGUUUCCUACCGCGUCCGCCAUUUAUUCGGGCUGUGGGAGGCUACAGGUAGAUUGGGAGUUGGCGAACAGACUCUGAGACAGCGCAGAAGCAGAGUGAGGUGACAGCCGAGGAGUUUUUCAGUUCUCCUGCACAGUCAACGACAAAACGUCAGAUUGAUGCUUGAUGGCUGGGAGCCCCCAGGCUCGCAUCCAAGAUUGACACUCGACAGCGCACGGUCUCCGCCAAUCUCCUCAGUGAGCUUCGUCUCCUGCCAGAUAAGACCGCCCACAAGCUCCCACUACGUCUGCCCAUUCCUAAGCCCAGCAACCUCCAAAACGCCCUCAGCCAAUCGCUGGGGCAGGAAAGCAUCGCCAUGGACACUGAGUCCACCUACUCCGGCUAUUCAUACCACUCUGGCCGGUCGAGGGGGUCCCACAGGCAUGGAGAGCGCAGUCGGGAUCGACACAAGUCCCGCAGCAAGGACAGCAGCCGCUCAGAGAAAUCUGUCACUAUUAACGCUCCACCUGCAGAGCCCUUGUUAGGAGACCAGUCGAUUCGCGGAGACGAGAUGCAGGAUGACAACUGGGGAGAGACCACCACAGCCGUCACUGGCACCUCUGAGCACUCACUCUCUCAGGAGGACAUCGUCCGCAUCAGCAAGGACCUGGACGACAGUGUGGGUCUGGACUGCAAGCGCUAUCUAUCCGUCUCCCUGUCCAUCAUCCUGGGCCUGCUGGUGCUCCUCACGCCGCUGGCCUUUCUCGUGCUGCCUCACCUGCUGUGGCCGGACAGGCUACGGGGCUGCGGCACAGCCUGCGAGGGCCUCUUCAUCUCGGUAGCCUUCAAGCUGCUCAUUUUGUUGUUAGCGGUGUGGGCGCUGUUCUUCCGGCCGCCCAGAGCAGGCAUGCCUCGGGUCUUCGUGUUCCGUGCUCUGCUGGCUACGCUGGUGUUCCUGUUUGUGCUCUCCUAUUGGCUAUUCUAUGGAGUGCGCAUCUUGGACACACAGGAUGAGGACUAUCAGGGCAUUGUGCAGUAUGCAGUAUCCCUGGUGGACGCUCUCCUCUUCAUCCACUACCUGGCCAUAGUGCUGCUAGAGCUGAGACAGCUGCAGCCCUGCUUCUCUGUCUGCGUCACGCGCUCCACAGACGGGGAGACACGACACUACAACCUGGGACAGCUCAGUAUCCAGAGGGCAGCUAUAGCCAUAUUGGAGAACUACUACAGAGAUUUCCCUGUACACAACCCAGCACUACUUACAGCCUCCAAGUCUCGCGCAGCCAAACACCUGGCUGGACUCAAGGUCUACAACGUAGAUGGUCCUGGAGGCAAUAACGCAGGAGCAAGUAUUGCCCAGUCACAGUCCCGUGCCAUGAUCGCUGCUGCCGCCCGUCGACGGGACUCCAGCCACAACGAGCUUUACUACGAGGAGGCAGAGCAUGAGAGACGCGUCCGGAAACGCAAAGCCAGGCUGGUGGUGGCAGUAGAGGAGGCAUUCACGCACAUCCGUCGCAUCCAAGAGGAGGAGCAGAAGAAGUCACCCGGGGAUGUGAUGGAUCCACGUGAAGCGGCACAGGCCAUCUUUCCUUCCAUGGCUCGUGCACUGCAGAAGUACCUGCGCACCACCCGUCAGCAGCACUGCCACAGCAUGGAGAGCAUUCAGCAGCAUCUGGCUUUCUGCAUCAUGCACAACAUGACGCCUAAGGCGUUUCUGGAGAGCUACCUGACGCCGGGCCCUACGCUGCAGUAUGGCCGUGAGCGCUGGCUAGCCCGCCAGUGGACCCUCAUCAGCGAGGCCUCGGUGACCAGCGGCCUGAAGGAGGGCUCCAUAUUUGUGCUCAAGUGCAUAGACUUUAGCUUGGUGGUCACCACCAAGAAGAUCCCCUACAUCAAGCUCUCUGAAGAGUUCAUCGACCCAAAGUCCCACAAGUUUGUCCUGCGACUACAGUCGGAGACUUCGGUGUAGACAUGUUAUCUGUUUGUUUGUUUUUUUUCCUUUUUUUCCUCUUUCAGUCGCUCACAAGCUAAUUUUUUUGGUUGAAAUUUUCUAAUUUUUGGGUUUGCGUUUUUAUGUAAUAUAUACAUAUGAAUCUAUAUAUCACAUAUUUGAAUAUAUUUCUUUUUCUUCUUGGAUUUUUUUUUUUAUCGGGUUGGACAGGCACAUUAGCAGGAUGCUGCGUGCUAACGUUCCAGUCAUGCAAAGUGUGCUAAGACAUGCAAGUGUAACUAAAGAGAAUAUAGUACACAAGACUCUACAUUCACUUUUAAAACCCAGAAACAAUACAGAGGAGUGGAAGGAGAUGUAACUGCCCUCAUAACUGUCCAGCGGACCACUCAAAAUGGUGGAAGCACCCAUUCUAAAGGAGGAGACAGUCCUUCGUUUCUCUUUUCUCACAGCUCAGACUCUCAGACUUGAACAUGUUCAGGCAAGCGCACUGUGAAUCAAACCCAACCCCUCUGGACUGGAUUUCUCCACUUGUUCGCCACAUGUUUCUGUGCGAGCGGACACCUGAACUGCUGUGCGCUCCCAGGCCGCUAUACUUGCUCUCUCUGCAGCAGAGGUUGUUAUAGCAACGGGGCUUUUGCUCCACAGGGUUGGCAAACAUGACACACGGUCUGAGUGAUGACCUUUUUUCUACUGUAAGUGCGUACGAACUCUACUGGUGCUUCUUUUUUCCAUCAACACAUUUGCUCUGUCUUUUUGCUGAUGAUACACUACAUAAUCAUGUUUUCUAUUGACAUAACAUUGUUUUACGGAUGUGAGGCGUCACUAUGUAUGUAAUGGAGUUAUGUUCAUGCCGGUUCAGUGAAUGGAACCAAUAGUUUUGGUUUUACACUAUUUUGUUUGAUUUUAAACUCUCCUUGGAAGCUACAUUUGAAUGGCUUCUGGGCUUUGUAGUUUAUUCAUCAAAAAGGACCCUAACAAAAAUUUUCAAGCCCCUCAAGGUCGCUACUGCUUUGCUUUUUGAGUAUAAAGCAAAGGCCAAAUACAGUCAGCCUAGCUUUUACUGUGUCACCAAUAUCUAGGUACUUACUAGAUAAAAAGUCAAAACCCAGCCUGUUUCCAACAUAUUGCUGCCAGUGCCAUCAAAGAGUGGAAGAGCAUAGUAUUCAUCCAAGGUGUCAUUGUUUGUUCAAUUAGUUGUUCUCUAUAGGGAAAAGUGAAUGCUGUUUUCAAAAAUUGCUCUGUGCUUAACCAAUGAAUUCCAAAGCCUAUACAUUUUGUCCUUUUUACAUUUUUCCCAUGAUUAUCACUGUUAUUUGAAUUACGAAGUCAUUCAGUAGUCAAAAUAGGAAUACUGCUACAUACAGUCAUAAGGAAGUGUGGGUGCUCCGGGUCAAAUUAGUUUUGUUGAUUUUCUGUGAAAAUAAGUUAACACAUCACGCUAUAGCACAUUUUAAAGCACAAUUACUGUUGCCGAAUUUAACAACUUAAAAGAAAACAUAAAAAACCAAAAGUUAUGGCAUGUAGCAAAAAAAAACGUUUUACAAUUUGUUGAAAAAUGGCAUAUUUUAGUUUAGUUUUGUUCUCUGUAGAGGAUGUGUUAACAUAUUUUUACUUAAGAAAUCAACAAAGCGUAUGCAACUGUGUAUGCAACAUGCAAGCUAACACCUCUGGGCAUUUAAUUGACCCUGAAAGACUGGCAACCUCACCAAAAUACCCAGCACAAACCAGCAAGCUUUAUUUGGUGUGGUUGUGAAGUGGUUUUGGCAGUAGUGGGCUACACUUUGAGUAGCGAGUGUUAUAUAAUAGUGUUGAAAUAGUGUAGAGUUGUAGUUGUAGCCUUACUUUUAUGAUUUCAAUGCAGUGACUUCAGUUAAUUGCUCAGUAGAGUUACAGCGUUUUUUACAUUUGGACCAUUUUAUUAUUAAAAGUGGUCUCAGACCAGUGAGUCAUGGUUUUCUGUGCGUAUGUGAACCCGCCAAACGAACUUAGACCCCUUUAACCAGACCAACAAAUGAACCGGUCUCAGUACACUUUGUGGUUCAUUCUGUGAUCUAGCAAAGGGUAGCAGCUCUGGCAUAUUAAAGCCAUUAGAGGCCAUGUGUUACAAUGUUUUUACCAUGGUUAAAGGAUGACGUUAUACAUGACGCAACAUGGAAUUAAACCCCCAACUUGUGGUGAAAUCACUGUAAUGCAUGGCCUCAAGUGGCUUUUUGCAGUGACAAACAAUAUAAGAAAAUACGCUGUUCAAUAAAAGAAAUACUAUAACUUUAAUUCUAUGAACACCUCAGAACUUUAUAAUGGCUCAGCCAAUCAGAUCUGUAUAUAAUGAACUAUAUAAUAGAACAAGAAGUGGUCUGAGAUCUCUAGAAUGCUAAAGAGGACCAGAAAGAGAAGUGAGUCCGCUUUAAAGUUCACUUGCAUUGAACACAAAAAAUGAGGUCGUUUGCAGCUGAUUCCCUGUCAGAUUCACUUAAACAGAACCAAUUUUGUUUUUUUUUUAAAAGAACUACAUGUGAAAACACUCUUAGCUUGCAGCAUAAUUAGCAGUAAUAUUUUGAUUUCCUUAAUGCCCUCAUAAUUCAGAGGGCCCAGUGACACUGUGGUCAAAAAAUGUAUGCUGGACAAAACUGCAACAUUUGAACACACUGAACAUCAUUAUUUGUUCCCAUAGAGAAAAAAAUGGCUUAGACACCUGUUGUAAAAUGACACAAAACCCCUGAGGCAAAAAAUCUCACAUGACUGCAAAAAUGAGCCAGUCAGACUCUUAUCAGAACACUACUCAGCAUUUACACACUGAAUUCAUCUUAAUUCUGUUUUGGAGCUUAUUAACAUUAUAUCAAGCAUCGCUAAUUGUUUCAUGUUUAUAUAUUUCUUGAAAGGAAUGGCCUUGUGAGUGUAGACAUUUCAUUUCAGAAGGAUAGUUUGAUCAAUAAUGCUAAUGUGGCAUCAUUUUUUUCAGAAAUGAGAGUUUGUGCCUCUCUUUCCACUACUGGUCUAUGCUAACUCUAUGACCAAAGAUAAUGAUGUAAACUCUCUGAGGUUUUUGAGAAAACGCAGUAGUUGUGAUAAUGUGGUCACUGAGAAAGCACUUAAAACGCACUGAGAUGCUUGUAGAGAACAUUAGUAGAGGCUAACCGUCUUUGUGUUGCGGAAGAGUUCUAGCACCAAAGCUUUGAGAGAUGUGUAAGCCGUAGCGAGUAGUGAGUCGUAAGUGGAACUCAAUUUUUGCUUUAACAAUGAUGAAUGAAACGCAAGUCCAUUUAUCAUGAUUUGCACAUUUUUUGUUUUCUUAUGCAGCCAUUUUUAUAUCAUCACUCAUCAAUUCAAAAGCAUUUUUUGAUUUGGAAACAUGAGUAAGCGAUUUUUGAAGCAGGAUUAAUAUGCAAGCCAUUUCACCUCAGGGUGAAACAACACAGUGCAUAGUCAUGCAUUCAAAUCAGGCUUGUCGAUUCAAAAGGACAACCACUUAGUGCCCUCUAGUAGAAGUCACUGAAUGUGUCGGCCCUCUGAUUGGCAUCAAAGCACCAAAUUAAUGUUAAUUAUAACUACAAAGGGGAUGAUUUUUUCAGUACAGUGUUUUACUGCCAUCAAAUUAAACCAUGCAAAUGUUAUUUUUCUUACCCUUCGUGAACAAAAGAUGUUCCUUUAAUAUCAUUCAGACGGUUUUUGAUGACAACAGUGAUGAUGGUGAUGACUGGUGUGUGCGUUUUAGAUGAACCUCUCUCACAAUGUGACCGUGCCUCUGUUUUUACACAGUGUGUUUGUAUUUAUACUGUAUAUGUGCAUAAUUAAGUCAUUCCUGCUUAAAACACUUCCGUUACAGCUCACACUUUUCACCUGUCGCUCUGAAAGGCCAACAUUUAUAUACCUGACGUUACGUUGUAAUGAAUAUGUUUGAGUUCACAACACAAGAUAUUUGUAUGAAAUAAACAUUUGUAUGAACAUUG